AUGGUCUUUCAGCCCAUCCUUCCACUUCGGCCCAAUCCGACGGGAACCGGAGGUCUCACAGACGUUGCGUCCGUUCAAGGUAACACCCGCGCGGGGAGGGUUUGGGGCUGCCACCCGGGGAACAGGUUACUCGGGGAGGAGGGACACGCAGCCAGCCGCCGCGGGGGCCGCCGCCUCCGAACACGCUGCCCGGAGACCGCGGCCGUAACCGCCGCGUCACAGGUUCGCGGCCCGCCAACAGCAGCUUCGCGGACCCGCGGCUCGGAGCGGGCUGGGCGCUCCCGCACGGGAACACGGAGGCUCUGUGGGGCCGGGAGGGGCCGAGGGGCUUCGCACCACCCACGCUUCUGCGGUCCGGUUCGAAUACGGGCACGGGCGACACGCGACAGAGGGGGAAAUGCCGCUCCCCGGGACUUUCUGCUGGGCGCCAGUACGUCCUCAAGACUUUCAAACCCGAGGAUUUCAGCGACGGCCUUCCCAGCGGUUGCGGGGUGCUGCCGACCCGUGAGGGAGGCGCCGCCAGUUUGCUUCUCACCGCUGCCCCCAAGCCCCGGAGGCCGCCGCGGGUUCGCCCUGCCUUCAGCCGGGACCAACAGCGGCGUGCCGGGUGCCGCUGCGCUCCCGCCCUCGGUGCGGCGGCGUGGGCAGCCUGGCCUUCCCUGCUGUGGGACGGGACGGGACGGGACGGGGAGCCUCGCCGGGAGCAGCUGCGUCCCGCCUCUGUCCGAGCCCCGCGGAGCCGUCUGCGCGGGACAGAGGCGGCACUCCGCUGAGCUAAGGGAGCUGUUUCAGGUGAAUGGAAUAAGAGCCAGCAAUGAGCGGCCCGAGGUGAAUGGCGUGAGGGUGCCUGUUACAGCCCGCUUCCAUCCCCUCCGGGUGCUGGCGUCUCUGAGAACGCUCUCGCAGGAGACGCUGCUUCCUUGUGGUUCCUUGGCUUUUUGCACAAACUCCGCUCUUGCCCUCACAAGGGAAGCUGAAAGUAUCUUCAGUGAAGAGGAGGAAGAAAAACUUCAGAUAGCUUUUUCACUGGAGAAGCAGGAUCUUCAUCUAGUUCUUGAAACUAUAUCAUUCAUUUUGGAACAGGCAGUCUAUCAUAAUUUGAAACCUGCUUCAUUGCAACAACAGCUGCAAAACAUUCACCUGGAUCAAGACAAAGCUGAAACAUUUGCCAGUGCAUGGGCGGCUGCAGGUCAAGAUAUGAUUGAAAAGUUCAGGCAGAGGGUUUUGACCCCUCAGAAGCUCGAAACAAUUGGAUGGCAGCUUAAUCUUCAAAUGGCAGAGUCCAUGCAAGCGAAGCUGAAGUCUCCUCAAGCUGUGCUAGAGCUGGGAGUGAGCGACGAAGAUUCAAAGAACCUCAAGAAAGUGUUUGUAGAAUUUAGUCAUCAGGAGCUGUUUGAGUUCUAUAACAAGCUGGAAACUAUACAAGCACAGCUGGAUUCCCUUAUGUGA